AUGAAAGAACCUCGGAUUUUCCCCAGAGAGCGGCCAACUCCGUGGACUCGUGCUCCACUGCCACCUCGAGGACGGCUCGACAGCUCCUUUGGACCACAGGGGGGUCCUGUUCUGAACGCAGGCCACCCACUGGGCAUGAACUCGGAUCCCUUUCUUAUGGCGGCCGGUUCUCUUGGUGGAAAUCUGGCCCCAUUUCCAAGGAACCCAUCUCCUUUUCCAGCUUCAUCAGGCUCACUGGCUUCAAAUCCAGCACCUUUCCAGGCCGGUGCUCGUGACCCAAGCAUGGCUUCUUUUCCAAGAGGGAUGAAUCCCACUGGCACAGGUGCAGUUGCUUUCCCAAGGCCAGGUGGCCUACUGGGUCCUGGCCCAGGUCCAGCUCUGAAUGCCAGAACAGGGUCCCUUCCAGGCCCUGGACCUCUGUCUAACCCCAGGUUAGGGAGUCUCCCAGGACCAGGUCCUUUGUCCAACCCAAGGCCAGGUGGUCUCCUAGGAGCGGGUCCUGACCCCAGAAGUGGUGGUCCCAUGGGCCCUGGAUCUGGACCCAAUCUGAGAGCAGGUAUCUUGUCCUCUGGGAAUGGCCCUCCCAAUCCUAGGCCAGUUGGGCUGGGCCCUGGGCCAAAUGCCAAUCUGAGAUCAGGCUUUUUGGGUACAAACCCUGCCCCUAGGUCAGGUAUAUUUCCAGGCCCAGGCCUAGGGCCCAACCCAAGGGCAGGUGGCCUGGGUCCAGGCCUUGGGCCCAACCCAAGGGCAAGUGGCUUGGGCCCAAGCCCAAAUCUGGAUGCAAGAGCCAGUGGCUUCUUGGGUACUGGAUCUGGUCUUAACUUAAGAAUGACUGGACCUCAAGGACUAGAUCUUGCCCCCAUUCUGAGAGCAGCAGGUCUUUUAGGAGCAAACUCAGCCUCUCUUUCACAAGCAUCUGGAAACAUGGGCUCAAGCUCAUCUUCCAUGGCAAGAGUUCCUGGCCCUAUAGGUCCAAACACAGGUCCUGGCUCUCGAGGAAUUGGCCUUCCAGGGCCAAAUCCAUCACCUAUGUCAAGGGCUCCUGGCCCCAUAGGCCCUAAUUCAGCUCAUUUCUCAAGGCCAGGUGGCCCCAUGGGGGUAAAUACCAAUCCCUUUCCAAGGGGGACAGGUUCGGGGGGACUGAACCCGACUGUCUUUUCUCAGUCUUCUGGCACGUUGGCUUCAAACCCAGCUACCUUCCAAAGGUCUGCUGGCCUCCAGGGCUCAACUUCAGCAAUUUUCCCAAGAGCCUCUGGGCCACUAGGUCCCAACUCAGCUAACUUCCCAAGAGGCACUGGGCUGCAGGGUCCAAGUUCAGCUGCUUUCCCAAGAUCUAGUGGCCCACUGGGCCCUGGUCAAAUUGCUUUCCCCAGGUCAGCUGCUGGGCACCUGGGCUCUUCUCCAGCAGGCCCUUUGGGUAUCAACCCAGCUCCUUUUGCAAGGCCAGCUGGGACCUUGGGUUUAAAUUCUGCUUCUUUUCCAAGGAUGAACGGCCCUGUGAGCAAAAGCUUGGUCCCCUUUCCUAGAGUGGGGAGCCUCCCUGGCACAAACCCAGCUGCUUUCCCCAGACCCGGGGGUCCAAUGGCUGCAAUGUACCCAAAUGGAAUGUUACCCCCUUAAAUACCACUUUCCCUGCAGGACCACCUUGGUUUCCAGGCACUGUGGUUCUGGACAGGGACUGUGUCUUAGGAAAAGGGUAGAUACGGAGCUGCUGUCAAGAACACAGCUGGGGCUCAACAUCCCGGGAGCCAUUCUUUUUCCUCUCUUGACUGAAGGUGAGAUGUUACUUGUGGGGCAUGGACUGAGGAUUGUCCUUGCCUUGAGAGAAAGGAGCUGCAGCCUUCCAGAAGCCAGCUGUGCUUUUGUCGCACAGCUUUCUGCCCCUUGUCUCUCACCAGUUUCUUGUUCUUGUGGACUUUUCCUCAGGGAUACCUUGCCCACAGGUCCCGACUCACAUGUAGUUCCCUGCUCACACUGCUCUCCAGAAAUGUUGCAUUGGUGAACGGACCAUGCUUAGCUUGGACCUGGGCAUCCUCUACUGCCAUACCUUUCCCUGGGGGCCUCGAACACAGAACAGAGACGUGGACAACCACUUCACCAAGACCACCAAAUACAAUGUCAGCUUGCUGACUGGGCUUUAGGGGCGGCCAGCUGUAAGGCUCCUCUGCUCAUCCAGCUCCCUCGCCACUGGUACAUCGAAUCAGUGAACCUCAACUUUAAACUGAUGUUAAUGGGGUUGGGUGGGGAAGGGGAUGAAGGGGAGAGAUCAGUGCUUCGCUCAGCCCGAUGUGAAAGGAUGGUUGGUGUUUUUCCUGCAUUGUAUCUUUUCUUACUGUUUCUUUAAUAAAUGGGAUGAGAGGGCUGCUGCGGUCACUGCAUUUUGUU